CCACCCUCUUUUUCGCUAUUCUACUAUGCCGCACGCACCCAGAAACAGCUUCCUCGUUCCCGGCGUUGCCCAGUUCAGUCGCUCGACCACCUUCGCCAAGAAGGCCCUCCACAAGCGUCAGAAGAAGGCUGUCGCUGCCCCUGCCAAGAAGGCUGUCACCGACAAGACUGUCGAUGUAAAGGGUGCCAAGAACGGUUCCAAGCGCACUGUUCCUGCCAAGAAGGCCGAUCGCUUCUACCCCGCUGAGGAUGUUCCCCAGCCCAAGAAGUCCCGCAAGGUCUCCAAGAUCGGUGCUCUCCGUGCCACCAUCACCCCCGGUACCGUUGUCAUCUUGUUGGCCGGUCGUCACCGUGGAAAGCGCGUUGUUGCCUUGAAGCAGCUCGACAGUGGUCUUUUGUUGGUCACUGGUCCCUUCAAGAUCAACGGCGUUCCUCUCCGUCGUGUCAACCAGGCUUACGUCCUUGCCACCUCCACUAAGAUCGAUGUCUCCUCCGUCAAGUUGGAUGCCAAGAUCAACGACGCCUACUUCAAGAAGGCUGCUGGUGCCAAGGCACAGGGUUUCCUUGAGGGUGCCGAGAAGAAGGCUGCCUUCCCCGCCUCCAAGGCUGCUGACCAGAAGGUCGUUGACAAGGCCAUCAUUGAUGCUGCCGCCAAGACCCCUCUCCUCCGUCAGUACUUGAGCUCCACCUUUGGCUUGUCCAAGGGUCAGUUCCCCCACGCCAUGCAGUUCUAAGUUUAUCUUUCCAUUGUACAGCACUUACUAAAAUAAAUAAAUAAAAAAGUUUGUGAAAGAAAGGAAAUCCCAUACCUCUUUGAUGGAAUUGUAGACGAAUUGAAAUGAAUCAUUAUAAUAAACACUAUGUAAUAAGAAUUCAACU